UGACUGAUCACGUGAUUGAAAACUUCUAUUUAAAAACAGAAUCGAAAGCAAUGAUUGCAUUUCAAACCACUUAUUCAGGCGUCUGAUACUAGGCUGAAUUUCAACCCUUAGCAGAGUGUCAGUCAGUGGACAGUAAGAAUGUGGCGCCUGGUUUACCUGUGUUUCAUUACUGCUCUGGCGAGCUGCUGGGCCAGACCACGUCUUCCCCCUCUCUCGCAUGAAAUGGUGAAUUACAUUAACAAGGCCAACACCACAUGGAAGGCUGGCCACAACUUUCACAAUGUGGACUACAGCUAUGUGCAGAAGCUGUGUGGCACUCUGCUGAAAGGACCCAAACUUCCCAUCAUGGUGCAGUAUGCAGGGGAGAUGAACUUCCCUACUAACUUUGACUCACGAGAGCAAUGGCCCAACUGUCCCACCAUCAAAGAGAUCAGGGACCAGGGCUCGUGCGGUUCCUGCUGGGCUUUUGGUGCUGCCGAGGCCAUGUCUGACCGUGUGUGCAUUCACAGCGACAGCAAAGUGAGUGUGGAGAUCUCCUCUGAGGACCUGCUGACCUGCUGCAAGUCCUGUGGAAUGGGGUGCAAUGGUGGCUACCCAUCAGCAGCAUGGGACUUCUGGACCAAGCAGGGGCUGGUGUCAGGUGGACUCUACGACUCCCAUAUUGGCUGCCGCCCCUACACCAUUGAGCCCUGUGAGCACCAUGUGAAUGGCUCUCGACCCUCAUGCAGUGGAGAGGGUGGCGACACUCCCAGGUGUGCGAAGAGCUGUGAGGCUGGAUACUCCCCCUCUUACAAAUCUGAUAAACACUACGGCAAGAGCUCCUAUAAUGUGGGGGAAGAGGAGAAGCAGAUUAUGAAAGAGAUCUCUGAAAAUGGACCAGUAGAGGGCGCCUUCACUGUCUAUGAGGACUUCCUGCUGUACAAGGGUGGAGUGUACCAGCAUGUGACUGGAUCUGCGGUUGGAGGGCAUGCCAUUAAGGUCCUGGGCUGGGGAGAAGAGAAUGGCACCCCCUACUGGCUGGGUGCUAACUCCUGGAACACUGACUGGGGCGAAAAUGGCUUUUUCAAAAUCCUGAAGGGAUCAGAUCACUGUGGCAUUGAGUCUGAGAUGGUUGCUGGCAUCCCUGCAUAAUAUGGUUUGUGAUUGGUGGAGCGAUGGCGGACGAACCUGAGGUCAGGUGGAUGCUACUGCCCUUACCGAACCCUCCAGCCCUGUACACAUCCACAUAAUGCAUCCCCCAGCGGCUGUUUUCUAGGUGAUUGGCUUGUGUCUUGAGUUUUAAUGCUGUCUGAUGCAAUGUGUUGGACUUUUAUUUCUAAAAGUAAAUGCUUUUUGACUCCCCCCCCCCCCCCCCCCCCCCCAUUUUUAAAUGGAUUCAGACAUGGCAAACAUUUUUUUAGUUUAAGGAAAUGAUUUUUAUUGAAUAUGUGAUUUGAGCUGAAGUGGACAGGGUCAUUAACUUUGCACAAUGGAGCCACUAGAGACCUUUUGUAGUAUUGUUAGUUUUGUGGAUGUAAAACAUGCUCGUUCUGGCCAUGUUUAUAGAUCAGAGAAUGGAUCAUGUUUUAAUGCUUUGUUGUGUGUUUUUAAAACACUCCCCUCAAUAUCAUCAUGAUGCUGUUGUGUUUUCCUAAGGUAGUUUUUCAUUUGGAAUUGAUUCAGUGCUUGGAUUUGUACUUCUCAGUUCUUCCUGGGGGGUGGCGUGGGGGAUGUUGUACAAUCCACUCAAUACAUGAAAUUGUUCAAUGCUCAUUUGAUUGCAUUUGUUGACAGUGAAACGUGUUUUGGAAACAAAAAUAAAGUACAGUAAACACCCA